AUGGACCCCUUCCCAGAUGACUUGACAGCCCCUUGGCCCGAAUGGACUUUGCCUCAGCUUUCCUCUGCCUGGCCUGGAACGCUAAGGUCUGGCAUGGUACCCCGAGAGCCUACAGCCACAGACAGGUCUGAGGUGCCUGCUGAGGGCAGGAGCUCUCCACCAUUCCCUGGGGAGCCCUGGAAAGUGUGUGUCAACAUGCACAGCUUCAAGCCAGAAGAGCUGAUGGUAAAGACCAAGGAUGGAUACAUGGAAGUGUCAGGCAUCCAGCAGGAAGGUGGGAUUGUCUCCAGGAACUUCACCAAGAAAAUACAGUUUCCUGCAGAAGUGGAUCCAGUGGCCGCAUUUGUCUCACUUCUUUAG